AUGCCACCCAAAAAAGUAUUACUUUACUGUCUAGUUCUCAGUAAACCUAAAACUUUCACUUUUUCAGUUAGAUAUAAUAAUAAUUAUACUAUAGCAUUACCUACUGCUAAUCAUAUUCACCUUAUUGUUAUUGUACCUGAUAUUCUUACUACUGCUGCUAUAAGAGACAAUAAAAUUAUUACUAGACUUGACAAGAUUGUUAAGAAUGUUGAAGAUAUUGAUAAGAAUAUUGAAGAUAUGAAGAAAAAAAAAUCUUCAGAACAAAUAUCAGUUGUAAUUAAAGGAAUUUGA